UACGUACGUCGCUCUCAGCCGCCAGUUACCUCUGUUGACCGACCAGGAGAAGACGUGUGAUCGUUGUCUCUCUGUGCCACCUUCUGCCUCACUCCCCACGAGACUGGCUUGUUAUGUGAACGUGGCCGCUCUCCUGUCAUACAUGUAAACAAGGAUAUUUCCUCGGCAACCCAUGGAUGCUUAUAUAUUGUGAUUGAUAAAGGUGUUGACAUAUUUGUGAGUUUUGUUGGGUUAUAUUAUUGGCUGUAGUUACAAACAGAGUUCAUUUGUGCAGUGAAGCAGAGGCUCGCAACAGUGAUCCAAACAUACGUGGACAACUAUCCUGGUCCAAAGUUUUAAGUGCCCUGUGGUGUGUUGAAACUCACUUGAUUGUUAACUUUGAGAUAAAGUAAUUGUACAAAACAUCAGAUGUGAAUUGAUAGAAGAAAGAGUAUCAAUUGUGUACAAAAUAAACAAGAUAUAUACAAAAGGCUUGUGAAUGAAUAAAUGUCAAAUACAACAGUGUACUAAUUAGUGAAGUUCUUCAAUAGCAAACUGGAAUUUACAGUUACAUAAACAUUUGAGCAACAGUGUCGAAAGUGAUUGAUCCAAAGUGGUGUGUUUUCUUCGGGAAUAUAAAGUUUAUAAUAAUUGAUCCCAGGUAUGUGUGGUCCCAGCAGCGUAUGUCUGGUACAAAGUGUGGUGACCAAGUGAUUACCUUCGAGCAGCAUCACGGGAACAGUGGAUAAUAAUCGUACCUUGCGUGGAGCGUUCUCAAUGCUGCCCGUGUAUCCAGUGUUCGCAGUGUUCUGAGGACACACCAGUGGCUACUGCGCCCCCUUCACACACACCACCCAACACACUUUUAACUUUAAAAGGAGGAGGCAUCGACUCUUGACCUCACCUGACCCCUCCUUUUGACUCGGGGUUGCAAGUUUCCCCUCUACUAGUGUGAGCUCUGGAGGGUGUGACCCCAGCUAUACUGAGGUGCACGCUGACCUACCCAGCCCCGGGGUGCACUCUCUUCCCCUCCCUGUGUGUACUCACAAGAGAAUGAAGUGAUAUUUACUACUUAACCUAAAGGAUUUAAGAAAACAUCCUUGAGUGUUGGACUGAGUGUGUAGGUGCUAUAUUGCUUCAAGGUUGCCAGAAGGAUUUGAUACAGUACUUGAUCUGUCAAUAAGUUGUGAACUGAGUGUGGUGCACCGAGGCUCCCCGCCCGUGGGCUCCCCCCGCCAACAUUCAGUGAAGGGACUUGUCGUAUCGGAUUUAAGGCAGGUCAACGGAGGUUGGCCUGAGCGGUACGUGUGACCCCGUGGCUUGGCGUGGCUCACCCUCCUGAUGGUGAAGCACGCUGGCCGCGUAGAGUGCCUGGCCACUGUUGGCCAUGGACAUGUUUAGCCUUCAGCUAGAGAGUGAGUGGGUGGGAGGCAGCUGUGGCGGUGGUGGUGCUGUAUCUGUCGUUACUACAGUGUGGGGAGUCACCACUUCGACUACCCAGAGCACCCCCACGCCCACAACCCCCAACUGCACCAUCAACAACCCCAACAUGCCGGCUCAACCAUUCAACCCCCAUAGCAAAUCUUUCUCAAAUAUGGUCAACUAUCCCACCAAGCCCAAUGGAUGGUGGGCAUCGGAGCCUGACGCCAACCAAUGUAAUGGCGAUCAAAAUUCGUAUGAAGACCACUUCAGAAAUGGCUGGUGGGGCGCGCAGGCAGACUCUAGCCAAUGUAAAGCCGAACAAAAACCGUUUGAGGAACACUGCAGUUCUAACGGUGGCUACGCCAACAGUCCGGGUCCUACUAUGGCCGGGAACACGGGCAUGGGCGGACCAGGGAAUAUGGGCGGGCCUGGCACCAUGGGCGGUAACGUGGGUGGUGCGGGAGACGCCCUCAACACAGCAGCCAUGGUGGCAGCAGCCACAGCCACCGCCACAGCUACCGCCGUCGCCCUCCGACCGGAGAGACCUGAAAUGCAGGGACAAUACAACGGGCAGAUGGCGAACAUCAAUGCAGGAUUCUCGGGUCCAGGGUUCUCCAUGCAACGGCCGUCCACGCCCAACAUGAACAUGAACAAUCCUAUGAAUGGCAUGAAUAACAUGAUGAACAACAUGAUCAACAACAUGGGAGGCAACAUGAUGAACAACGUACCCAUGAACAACAUGCAGAGUAUGGGUCCUAGCAUGGGCAAGUGUAUGAACAUGCAGCAACAGCAGCAAAUGAUGUACCAGCGAGGUAUGGGCCCAGGCAGUGGCCCUGGCGGGGGGCGCACUGGGCCAUACCCCAACGCGGCUAUGUUCAUGGCCCAGAAACGAGCGGCGGCCCAAGGCCAGUACUCUCAGCCUCCCAUGAGCCAGAUGGGUCAGAUGAACCCCCAGAUGGGUCUAGCAGGUAUCCGUGGUGGUACAGGAUACCCAGUACAACAGCCCUUGCCUUCCCAGUUUCCGCCAGGUCAGGGUAUGCGGCCAAACAUGCGGCCAGGUGGGCCCUGUGUUCCUGGUGGUCCACCCUUCAACCAGGGCCAGUUUUAUAAUCAGCAGUACAACAACUUACAGUACAACGAGAUGGGCCCAAUGGGUCCCAUGAACGGCAUGAAUAUGAACGGAAUGAACAGUAUGAAUGGAAUGAACAGUAUGUCCGGCAGCAUGGGCAGUGGGAUGAACACUAUGACCCAGAUGUCUAUGUCCAUGUCAAUGCCCACAAUGAGCUCGACCAGCAUGCCUCCAGGUGGCAGCAGUGCUAUGAACUCCGCCAUGAGUUCAGGGAUGAACAAUAUGAAUACUGGCAUGAGCAGUAUGAAUAGUGCAGGGAUGAAUACUUUGAACAAUACAGGAAUGACUAAUAUGAACAGUGGUAUGAAUAGUGUGAUGAACAGUGGUAUGACAGGCACCAUGCCAAGUGCCAUGACUAUGACCAGUCAAAACACCAAUGCUGUCAGCAACAUGAACUCUGGAAUGAGUAACAUGAACUCUGGGAUGAGUAGUAUGAACUCUGGGAUGAACACUAUGUCAAGGAGCAUGAGUACAGCACCAGGUUCUGCAAAUGUAGGGAAUGUGGGUGGGAGCUAUCAGCAUUCGCCGAUUCCUGGCAACCCCACUCCCCCCCUCACACCAUAUAUGAGCCCACCAUAUGCCAAUCAAGGGGAUGUUAAACCUGACUUGUCAGAGUUAAAACCUUUAAUGCUUCAAAAAGAUGAUGAACUACGGCUCACCUUUCCUGUUCGAGAUGGGAUUGUUCUACAGCCUUUCAGAUUGGAGCAUAACUUAGCCGUUUCCAAUCAUGUCUUCCACCUCAAACCCACUGUGUAUCAAACCCUAAUGUUCAGAUCAGAUUUAGAGCUGCAGUUAAAAUGUUUCCAUCAUGAAGACCGACAAAUGAACACAAAUUGGCCAGCCAGUGUUCAGGUUUCCGUCAAUGCUACUCCUCUCAGUAUCGACCGUGGAGAACAGAAAACUUCACACAAACCACUAUAUAUUAAAGCUGUGUGUCAGCCAGGAAGAAACACCAUCCAAAUUACCGUCACUGCUUGUUGCUGUUCUCAUCUCUUCGUACUUCAGUUAGUACACAGACCAAGUGUUAGGUCUGUCUUGCAAGGGUUGUUACGGAAGAGAAUGUUACCUGCUGAACACUGUGUUACUAAAAUCAAGCGAAACUUUAAUUCUGUUGCUGCCUCAAGUGGUUCUUUAAAUAGCUCAGAAGGUGAUGGUGUGGAACAAACUGCUAUCAAGAUAUCCCUCAAGUGUCCCAUCACAUUCAAGCGAAUAACAUUGCCUGCCAGAGGCCAUGACUGCAAGCAUAUACAGUGUUUUGAUCUUGAGUCAUACCUUCAGAUGAACUGUGAAAGAGGGUCAUGGCGAUGUCCAGUUUGCAACAAAACAGCUUACUUGGAAGGACUAGAAGUUGACCAGUACAUAUGGGGAAUUAUAACUACCCUAGCUAACUCUCCUGUGGAUGAAGUAACCAUGGAUUCUUCGGCAUCUUGGAAAGCAAUGAACUCGUCAGGUAUGCCAGGCACUCCUGGGGUGAAAGAUGAGGAUUCCGACACAUGCAUGAAGCGAUGGAACAAGGCCAUGUCUCCAGGCAGCAUGACCCUACCAACCAUGAGCAACAUUGACAUGGGGCAGUCCAUGAGCCCUUAUGUUCCACCUGAUAUGAAUAGCAUCAACAAUGGCUCUAUGAUGAACAUGAUGAACAUGGGUAAUAAUAGUAGUAGUGGUUCUGGUAUGUCCAGAUCCACUUCCCAAUUUGACUUGAGUUCACCAGACUUUACGAGAGGGGGAGGACCUCUCUCUCAGCUCAGUGAAUCUGUCAGCAAAAUGGAUCCUCUGGGUGCCAUGGAAAAGUCUGUCAAGGACCAAAUGGUCCCUCAAAUGGGGCCACCUCCACCAUCCACCUCCACCACUACCUCCAACUGUACUCUUACUGCCCCAACCACAGGUUCCACCUCCACCACCACCUCUGUGUCCUCCUCACAGCCACUGUGCACUACCACCACUGCCACAACAACAUCCACUACCCCAGCAUCAACCACAACACAGCCGAGUGUGAGCAGUGGGCCUGGCAUGCCCCACACCCCACACACUCCUCACACCCCUCACACUCCACAUACUCCUGGUGGGGUGGGAGGUCCCCCUAGUGUCCCAUCUGCAGGUACUUGCACCAACACAUGCAACAGUAGCAGCAGCAACAACAAUAAUAAUAAUAGUAGUAACAAUAACAGCAGCAGCACAACCACCACGGAGACUCACAACACCUGUAACGAGAUGAAUGACCUUCCGACACUCAGCUUUGAUCCCUUAGACGGUGAUGGGUCAGGUCAAGAUGGGUUGGAUGUGUUUAACAGUGGUGUGGAUCCCAUGGACCCUCUAGAGCUGUUAUCCUACCUAGAACAACCAGACUACAACACUCCACCUUCUUCAGGUGCAUCAUCACAAGGUCAGGGUGCUGGCAACACACCUGCUGGUGCUGGUCUCUCUGCCGCUCCUGACACAGAUGAUAUACUGGCACUGUUCGAGUAGACGAGUUUGAGUUGACUGUGGUGGAGUUGUGGAAAGAAUUCAGGUGCUUGGAUAUUUGAUUAUCUGUGUUAGUGAUUGUGUUGACUGACUUAGUCAAACAUUGAAACAGUUGUGAAUUUUGACAUUAAUAGACAGAAAAUUUGAAGAACUGUGAUACUCAAACUAGAUUUGAGAGAAACUUUUGUGCAUAUGCAGACAUCUCAGUGGACUUGUCCUUCACAGUCUUCAUUCAAGAGAAAAUUAUGGGUAAACAAACAUAAACGGUGAGACCAAUGAUACAUGUUUGAUGUGUUGUGUACGCACAAGUGUGACGAUGCACAUCCAGACAAGGAGCCACGUAACAUGCAACAAGAAUGUGCACUAUGAUGUGUAGGGAGGAAGAAUGUUGCUCCAGUAUGAUUUUUUGUAGUCAGACCAUAGUGAUGCAUAUUCUGAUGAUAUUUAGAAAUGACCAGUGUGAUGGUGCAAAUCAUUGUAAUGACCACUUUGUCAAACAUGGUUCUCUCAUAUUUGCAACACAGAACAUAUCCUCACACCAGGGUAUGUCAGAGGAGAGGUUAUAUUCCAAAGUAGCAAAACAAGUUCUUUUCAUGUUUAGCUCCAAUGGACACCACCGUGAAGGUUAUCCCAGUGAGUAGUUAGGUCGACAAGUUUCGUAGAAUAAUUAUUGUGGCUAUGCAAUGAUGUCCACAGUAGUGCUGUUUCAAAAUCAAUCAUGACAUCAAAAUGACAAUGUGCAUAAUAUUGUCUUAAUUAGGAACUUGCAAUUUUAGUCCAUGUUGGUUGUUCUGAGUUUUAGACCAUAACAGUGACAUGAAGAGAAGCAUGUAUCUCCGUAGGUCCCCAAUCGCAUGUAAAUACAACUCUCGAAAGACCGAAAUGAGAGGCUGAAUCAGUCUGAAUGAAUGUCACAGCAUUAUUGCAAGAUGUUUAUUAAGUUGACAUUAUUCAGAAAAUGGGGUGUGCAUUUGUGCAACUGCGACUGAGUCCCAAGAAAUUUCUCUGAGUGUUGUUGUGAAUGAAGUGUGAUAUUUCUGGCUGCACAGGUUUAUGGGUGGUUUAUUGUCUAGACGAAUUAUUGCAUUUAUUUAUAGGGUACUCCUGUGUGCCUGUCAGCCUAAUUUGUGUAAAUAGCUGUGUACAGAAAAUGUCCUUUUAUUUAUCUCACUGGUCUCGCCCUUAGAGUCCUGCGCAUUGUCUAAGCUUUAAUCCCUUGCUCCGUCUUCACCAACAUGACCUGUAGGAUACACCAUCACAUACAGUACACUACUGCAAUUAUUGACUCCUUCCCACCACCUGAGCAAGACCAGACACUGGGGCUGGCUUGUUGCGGGAUGGUGGAGUCAAAACCUCAACCUGGCUAUUAAACCGACUUUGGUUUCAGAAGAUUUCUCAUAUGUUACCUUUUGUGUCAGUCCGUUUUUUUGUACAUCUCUGACACUUGAGUGCGUCUUAAAUCCUCAUUCAAACUGUGUUCCUAUCUAUGAUUAAGAAUAUUUUUUGUUACUCACCAAGCAUCUCAUUUUCUUCUGAAACCAGAGCCAGCAGGCUUCAUGCAUACUCUGUUGACCGUCAAGUGUACUGAAGCUUAAAUGAAAUGUUUAAUUUUUAUGAAGAUAGAUUUAUGCACUUAUACAGAAUCACUGAAAGUGUUUUUAUGUACUGUGUACAAAGAAAAGUGGUUUAACAUUGUGAUCUCAAGAUUGUCAUUUUUAAAGUUAUUUAGAGAAAUUCAUACAAUGAAUUUUUAAACUGUUAGUGACUGUCAAAGAGUUUGUGUAAGCCAUCACUUCUCAUGUAAACUGUACCAGAGAACUUAAAAGAUAGUUUCUAACUCAGAAAA